AUGAAUUAUAAUGAUUUCAAUAAUAAUACCUAUGAUGAUAGUGGUAAUAAUAAUAAUAUAAAUCAAUUUUAUCAAAAUAACCUCAGUAAUAAUAAUGACAAUAAUAAUGCAACCAACAAUAAUAAUACCACUGGCAAAAGCGAAAGUAAUAAUUUUAAUAUAAUCAAUGAAAACGAAUACUAUAAUAAUGAUCAGUUUUUACAAUUAAAUAAUAUUGGAGAAUUCUUACAGCAACCAACUCCUAAUGAAUUUUUAUCAGAAGCAUUUACAACCGCAAAUCCAAAUUCAACUACACAUCAAUACCAAUCACAACUGAGACUAUAUAAUCAACAGUUUCAACUGGGUAAACAACAUUUUCAACAAACAACUCAACCGCAACAACAAUUCCAAGCAGAGCAACCGAUAUCAUUUCACUCACAAUCUCAAGAUUUAUAUUUUGGGAAUUUUAAUUAUAAUUAUAACCACAACAUUGAUCAUAAUAAUAAACAUUCACUACUGACAAAUAACUAUGAAUCAACAAUGAAAUAUCUAACUCCGGAUUCCAACAGUACCACUAAUCCAUCGACAUUCAAUUCGAAAUAUCAAUCAACAAUACAACAUAAUCCACAAUCAAGUAUACUACCUUCAUUAAAAUCUCAACAACAAGAUAAAUUAAAUUCACAAUCUCAAAAGUCACAAUUAAUACGACAGAAUGAACAAAACAAAUUCAAAUCUGAACCUGAAUCAUUAAAUACCGCAAACACUUCCAAACCAUUUAAAUCAACCUCGUCAAGAUCUUGUGACAUAUGUAGAAAUAAAAAAAUCAAAUGUGACAAAUUAAAACCUUCAUGUACAAGAUGUCAAGAAAAAGGUAUAACUUGUGUUUAUACUUUAGUAUUACAAUUUAAGGAAGAUGUUGAAAGUCAAGGUAAAAGAUUUGGAAGAGAAGGUAUAAACUCACACAAUAAAAUUACAACAAAUGAAUUCAACAAGAGAAGUAGAAAAUCAUAUUAUCAAUUGAUCAAAAAUAGAGAUCAAUUAAAAUUUAUUAAUUUUUUUAAUGAUGAUAUAAUAAAUUUUAACAACAAAUUAACUCCAACUUUACAAUCUUCAAUUAUACCACCAGAUAUUUUAUCAGUAGAUUAUGGAACAUUAGAUUCAAAUGUUUUAAAUUUUGCAAUAAAAUAUUAUAUUGAUUUUAUAUCACCAAUUUUAAAUCCUACCACGAAUAACAAAACAAUCACCAUACCAACUGUAAAUAAUGACAUCAAUAACAUUUCAAUAGAAUCAGGAUUAAAUUUGAAUAUACUUGUUCAGUUAUCAAACCAAAAUACUUCCAUUUUUUAUUUGAUGUUGAGUUUAGGUUCAUUUUACCUAUCAAAGUCAUAUAACGAACAAAAAGACAAACAACAAAAACAAAUAUGGUUAGAUAGAGCAUUUCAUUUUCAGAAUUUGGGAUUAAAUAAAAUCAAACCAAUACUUGAUGAUAUAUCAACAAUAUCAACUCAAAAUUUUAAAGUCAGUGAUAUUAUAAUAGCAUUAGUUUUAUUAAUAUUAUUUGAAAUUGCAAAUAAUUGUAAUUUUAAAUGGAUAGAUUAUUUACAAAUUUGUAAAAAAAUUAUGAAAUUAAAUAAAAUUAAUAUACCUACUGACCAAGGAGAAUAUAAUUUAUUAAAAUUUGCAUUAGAAUUUUUAUAUUAUCAAGAUUCAGUUGGUCGAACUGCUUGUAAAGAUGAUAGUUUGUACAUUGUUCAAUUGGAUGACGAAACUGAACAAGAAGUUAAUGAUUUCUUAAAUUCGAGAAGUAAUUCCCAUAAUAAUCAUGAUUUGAAUUUAGUUAGUUGGAUGGGUUGUGAUAGAAAAUUAAUUAAGAUUAUUGCCGAUAUAACCGAUUUAUCAUUUGAAAGAUUCAAAAGAACAAUAAAUGAAAAACAAUACCUAGGUUUAUGUAAUGAAUUAUUGAAUCAAUUGGACGUGUUGAAAAUUGAUUAUUUUGACUUUGAUGAAUUAAUAGACUUUGAAGAAAAUAAUACUACUAAUAGUAAGAUAAAUCAAGUUAUAUCAAAUAAUGGAAUGAAAGAAGAAGAGUUUUAUUUUUUACUAUCUAACGAAACUAAAAGGUUGUCAACAAAAUUAUAUUUAAAUUGUUGCUUAUUAAAUAUGACACCAGAAGACGAAGAAGUACAAUUUUUGGUAAAUAAAAUUUUCAAAUACUUAAAAUUUUUAAUUAUAACCAAAAAUUUUAAUUGGUUUUCUACAUUAAUCUGGUCAAUUUUCAUAACAUCAUCAGAAAUUUCAUGUUUAUCAAACAAUUGUGAAACUUUGAGAUAUCUCACAUUAAAUUUAUUAAAUAGAUUGAAAAAUCUUACAUUAAGUAAUAUUGAAAAAAUUAUUUUCAUUAUAAAAGAAAUUUGGAAAAAAAGAGAUUUAAAUAAUAGUGAUUUACAUUCUAUUGGUAUUAUUGAUAUUAAUCUGAGAAAAUUCAAAAAGAGAAAGAAAUAUUUAGGAUUUGAAAAUGAUUGGGAAAAAUUUGUUGUUGAUGAAUAUGGUAUUGCUUUAGGUUAA